UGGAUUGUCUGGCGCCAACUGGUCGGUCACCCCGCAAGUCGCAAGGAGAUCAUCUUCAAAGCCGGCACCAUGAUGUCCAUGGCCACUGGCCAAACAGUUGGUGGCGAGUGGUACCGCCGCUUCAUGGGGCGACACCUGAUGCUGGCAACCCGAACGUCUCAGGCGGUUGCAAAGCCCGCAACGCUGUGA